AUCGCGUCCGUGCCGCCCGCCGUGUCUAAGACCAUCAAUUAACACGUCCAGCCAUCGCCAUUGUACCCCCCAUCUACACGACUUAACAUCGGCUUCUUCCCUCCGCAGGACGGCAUUGAGAAGUCUCCCACCGCAUAGUUUAUGCAGCAAUUCACACCAAGGACAAAGGACAAGCCCGCCGCGAACAUGUUGUCGUUUGCUCCCGCUCCCACACCAAUCUUCACGGGCAUCUGGGACCAUCGCCCAACCAUCUCGUCGCCCUUAUCCUCAUCUCCUAUCCGAGCUACAUCUCCGCCAUCACCCCUCAACGAUGCGGCCUCAUCAACGAUGCGACAGAUUCAGUCGUCGCCGAUCCCAGCGCCAAAGUUCAAGUUCGCCUCGCGUGCCCAGCGAUCUAAUCCCAUACUACGCAAGCGUGAGGAGAAGCAGAUGGAACAGCGCCGCAACUUUUUGCAGAGCGUGCGUGAAAAAUCUGAGGAAAGAGCAUGGAGAAGACGGGAUAUCGAGGGAAAUUUCCAAAAAACAAGCUGGCUUGCCAAUCUGGAUCAACUGACCCACGAUGCUCCUGUAGUGGGCGAUGACGACAUUGAAGAAGCCAUGAAGUUUGAAGACGAACAUCUCCCCCCAAUCCCAGAAGAUGAAAUUGCCAUGGAGGAGGACUAUAGCACUUUCGAUGAUCAAAUGGUCGCUGCCUUUGAGUCGGAGCAAGCGUGGCGACCUCCAUCGCCAGAUUUCUCGGAUGACUUUGACGAUUCCAUCUUUGACGACCUCAUUGCUCAAGAAGAAUACGGGCAGCAGCAGCGUCAAGCCGCGGAUGAAAUGGAAAUGAACUAAGACGGCAUCUAAAACCCGUGUACAUAACAUGAUUACUUGUAUAUAACGGACAUGGCGGCGUAUUUUGCUUCUUUCUAUUUUUAGUUUGGCUGGAGUAAGCUGUCAUAUGGAUUGACCAUGACAGCAUUGACAACAAUGUAUUAUUUUGUGACACAUUAUCCAACUAACUUCGUAUCUUGGUCAGAUUCCCAGAUGUAAAGUGAAACAAGGACAGUUUUUGAGCAGCGAUACACUCCGUUUUCUAUUGAGGGUUGCAUUCGUCGGCACCGCCUAGAGCUUCCUGCGCCGAUGGCAUAUCACCUACGAGAUCCGCAGGCGGGGAGCCAGCAUCUUGCAUCUAUAAGGAAAUCAUUAGCACCGCCUAGAGCCUGCAUCUUUCAGAUAAUGCUUACCUUUUGCAUUCUCUCAAUAAUAUACUCGCGGUCUUCGCUGUUAGUGUCCGCAUACCCAGGCUUUUCGAAUCUUUCCACAAUCUCCUUUACAAGUGUCUGUUGUUCUUCAUAUCGCUUCAGAUCAUCGGCUGGGGUAGCAGCUUUGUUCUUCUCCAUCCAUUCAGGGAACUUUUCGUGUAGAUCCUUCAUGGGUUCGUAUAAUAUUUCCUUUGUAGUCAGUUGCUCCAUCAUGCCCAUGAGCAUCUUGGAAAAGUCUUCGUCGCUACCUUCGCCAUUGCCAAAUUCACCCGACGACAUUUGCUUCAGCAGCUCUGACAUGAAGUCGUCGGCGCCACCAGAUGCUGCGGCUGCAGUGGCUUGGUCGCCAGAGCUCUGCAUCCGCUCCAUAGUGCGGCGAAUUGUGUCCUGGAAUGAUGCAUCGCCACCGGCUGCCGAAGUGGUUGGGUUGCCGUCGCCAUCAGUGGCGGCUUCAGCAGCGGUGCUAAACUGCUUGAGCAUGUUCUCGAAUUCCUUCUGCAUCUCGGGCUGGAAACGGUUUAGUUUAGCUUAUGCCCCUUACAAGCCUUAACAAACUAUCUUACAUUCUUGUCCAUAUCUCCUAGGAGGUCCGCCAUGCCUGCAUGGAGCUGCUUGGCGAAGUCUUCCUCGGAAAACUCCCCCUCCUCACCAACUUUGGCUUGCGUGGAAGACGUUGCUUCCUUUUCACUCGGCUCGGCAGCCGAGGCGGCAGCAGGCUUCUGAGCCUUGUCGUCCGUGAUUUUAGCUGCUGAGAAGUCAUCGAGCAUAUCUAACAAUCCGUUAGUAAACAAGUUUGCACCUUAGGACAUGUCAGCGUACCAUCCAAGUCGUCGAGGUCAUCCUCAUCCGGAUCUGGGAACUCGUCGGCACCUUCCACGGAGGCCUUAGGAUCUAUCGGCUUUACCACCUCAUCUUUCUUCUCGACGGCAUCAUUUGUGGGAUCUGUAGCACCCAUGUUUUUGCACCUUUGCUUAUGUGUAGAGAAAAUUCGUGUAGCCUCUAUCGAAGGAAUGGCUGCAUGAGCAUGUGAAUUCGGGGACGCUUGAUGCACAGAUGCGCGGAUGGUUAAUGAACCGCUGUCGAUGUAGUUGUUGAGAUGACUUUGUACGCUUCCGCAAAGGAGCAAGUGAAUCGGGGUGUUGUAUCCUUGGUUCAAUUAACUCGGUCUUGUAAUGUACGGAACCAGAGGUUAAACAGCCGAGGAAGACAAGGAGAGCCUGCCGGGCCUUCUGCGCGCCCCACGCCAAAGUCACC